AUGUCGGAAGGCGAAUCCUCCGGCCAGGCGCUAGAGCGCUUCAUCACGGCGCAGCUCGAGGCGCUGAGCCUGUCCGUGCCUUCCGACGACGUCGAGUUCAUGGCCCGCUUCGUCGAAGAGGACAUGGAGAAGGACGAGAAGCUGGAGGGCGUGCGGGGCAUGCUCGAGGGUGUUGUUGAGGGGCUUCCAGAGACGGGUGUGGACGAGGCGCUCGAAGCCAUGGUCGGGGAGUGGGAGCGUCUCAAGGCUGAAGAGGAAGCCGCCGCGGCCGCGGCCGAGGAGGAGGACCAGUCCCCAACACCGCCGGACCAUGAGGCGAUCAUGGCCUCUCUGACGGAGGAGGAGCUCAAGGCAGCACGCAAAGCCGCCCUGCUGCGGCAGUACGCCUACGUCGAGGGCGGGCCCGAGGAGAUGGAGCGCGACGCCAACGCCCCGCCACGAGGGCAGGCGCAGGCCGAGUCCGAGGCGAAGAAGGCGGCCGAGGAGCGGCGGAAACUCGUCGAGGCCGCGCUUAUGCGCGACAGCCGCAAGAAGAAGAAGCACCGCAAGGUCGAGAUUGACGACCCGCUGCAGUGGGAAAACCUGAAUCGCGAAAAGGUCGCGAUGAAGGCGCAGAUGGCGAGGGAUGAGGCGAAGCGGAGCGCGCAAGAGAAGAAGGACCGCGAUCGCGCUGCGCUCGAGAAGCAGAGGGCAGACGCCGCAAGGGCAAAGGCGGAGAAGCAGAAGAAGGCCCAGAAGCAGGAACGACGAGCAUAA